AUAAUCGACGCCGCCGCUUGUGAAUAGAAGCAGUUGUAGUUGUAACAAAGAUGAAUAGUAGCGGCGCCAAGAGGAGCGGUCCCCCGAAGCACCAGAACAAGUUCGCAUGGAAACCCAACGCUGGUCGCAAAAUCAACGAAACUGAAGUUGGAGGAAGAUUCAGGCCCCUCUCUGAGAUCACUGGGGUGUGCUCUCGUUGCAAGGAUCAAAUCGAAUGGAAACGCCGUUAUGGCAAAUACAAGCCUCUUCUUCAACCCGCCAAAUGCCAGAGAUGUUCCAAGCGUGCUGUUCGCCAAGCUUACCAUAACCUGUGUCCUGGUUGUGCCAAGGAGCAUGGUGUAUGCGCAAAGUGUUGUUGCAGUACGAAGCAAAUAGUUGGAAGGGAUAUUUCAGAAGUUGAGGCUGAGCAAAAGAUGCUUGAGGAGGCCAUUAAGAACUCUCGGGAGAGAGAAAGGAGAUCCUUAUUGCGUGCUAUGAACAAAGACAAAUCUAAAAGUUCAAAUAGCGCCCCAACUGAUACUAAAGGUAACAAAGUUGGACAAUUAUUUCCAAAUGCGUCACUUGAAGACUAUGCCAAACUGAAUAGAGUUAAUGUGGGUCAUGAUGAUGGUGAAAUAUGUGAUGAUAGUGAGGGUGAAGUUUGUGAAGAUGAAGAUGAUAACAGUGACAAUGAAGAUUGUGAUGAAGAUGGAAACAGUGACGAUGAAGAUGGUGACAGUGAGAAUGAAGAUUGUGAUGAGAAUGACGACAAAAAUGAUGAAAACACUCCUGAUCAUACUAGUGCCAACCAUGAAUGAUUCGGAACAUAUGAGUAUUAGAGUAUAUCAGUUUCCUGUAUCAAAUUACAAUACUGGUUUCUUUGCAGAUUGUUUUCAGUGUAUCUGCUGCUCUUUAGGUGAGAAAUACUGUGUUGGAUACAAAUUUUGGUUAAGUUGUAUCUUUAUUUUGUUUGCAUAUGGGUGGGGUGCUUCUUGUUUCAUUGUAUUUAACUUUUGAAGUAUAGGCUUUAUUAAUUGUUGAUCCACUCAAAUGCUACCUGAUUCCUGAUCUGUUUUGCUGAGCGUGAUCAUCAGUUCAUUAAGUUAUUAGCUUCA